CGCCGCUGCGCCGGAGGCUUGAGCCAAGUGCCCGCGGGGACGGGUUCUGGGGAGGGGCUGCUGCCUGAGGAGAAGGCGCGGACUUCGGGGGUGCGGCCUCAGUAUGAGUGCGGACUCGGGGCACAGUCGCCGGGUUCUGCCCGCAGUCCCUGUCCCCCCUCCCAUGCCCAGACCCAGGCCCCAGACCCAGGCGAGCUCCCAGCCCUUGCAGGCGGGGCGGCCCCGGGUGGGGAGAGGGGAGCUGGAGCCUGACGGGUGCGCGGCUCCGGGUCGCGCGGAAGGUCGGUCCCCUUGCAGCUGUGACUGGGAAGUGGACAGACGCUGCUCUUCCUGCCAUUGCACAAGGUCUCCCAUCUUGCAUGUCACUGAAGGGUGAGGCCAGGCCCUCCUUUCCUGGGGCCGCAGGCCGACGUCUAGCCCAGCCCUGUCCCCAGCUUGUUGGAGAAGUCGCUGCCUCUUCAUCCUCCUCCUCCACCUCUGCGAGAGUAUCGAUUGAGCUGUUUGUGGAGUGCUCGCCUGCAGCCUGGUACUGUGCCGGGUGCUCUCUGUGCCAGGCCUGUUUUGCAGAGGAAGGAACGGAGGCUCAGAGAGGACAAAUAUACGUGUGUGUUCACCUAUGCUUCGCAAGGAGGGACCAACGAGAAGUGGCAGAUGAGCCUGGGGACCAGCGAAGACCACCAGCACUUCACCUGCACCAUCUGGAGGCUCCCCCGUUGUCAGCAUCCCCCACCAGAGUGGGACAUUUGUGGGCAGGGACCGGAGAGCUCCCCAGGGAAGCGCACCGACACUGAGGCCAAGAGGAGGUUGUGGGGAUUGAGGAACUGCAGUCCAGGCAGUAGCCACAGCACCAGAGAGAGGGGUCAGGCUCCCCAGAUGCUCACCUGCCACUGUCACCCUCCGUCAUACUCAUGGUCAUGGGCUCCGCCUCCCUGCCAGGGACUGAUGUCUUGUUCACCCUUCUGGUUACCCCACUGCUGGUGCCCCCUUGAGGGGGUGGUAAGCUGGGGAAGGGAUGGAGGAAAGGGAGUGCAUGGCCCUGGGUGGGGAGGAGGGUGAUGGGACUUCAUGGAAUCGUGUCCCUUCUGCCCUGGGCUCUUCUGCCUCAUAUGUGUCACCUUAAGCAGAGCCAGGCUCUCGAGCAUUUGUUGUGUGCCCGACAGAAAGUCCAAGCUGUGUCUUCACCCUCAGUGGACCAGGGUCCACAGAUCAACAAAUUGGACACAGUGGGAGAGCAGGGACUCACCAUUAAUGAAAAGAAGUGACGCAUUUUUUCUUUAUUGAAUUUAUUGGGGUGACAUUGGUUAAUAAAAUUGUAUAAGUUUGAGGUAUACAAUAAGGACACGACACUUUUUAAUGCAUUUUUAAAUGUUUUUAUUGAUUUUUAGAGAGAGGAAAGGAGAGGGUCAGAUAGAAACAUUGAUGUCCAGUCAGCUGCCUCCUGUAUGCCCCCUAAUGGGGAUCGAGCCUG